CAACUUCCCGGUUUCUCUUUGCAGCUUGAGAAACUACCUAGGGGUUAGUGGGAGCUUUCAAGUUGCUUUAUUUCGCUUAGUCCCCGAGACCUAUGACUGGUGGGACACAGCCACCAGGGGGAUAAACAGUGGUUUCUCUUGCCCCAAAGGGUCAGGGGCCGGCUAUUCAGAAGGAAGUUAAGUCUUUCAUCUGGCCAGACGGCUCCUACAGCAACUCGUAGGUCAGGAGGCUGUUCCCUCCCCUCCCAGGAACUCAGUCAGUGGAAGCUGUUUACAGAGGGUGAGCAAACUUUUUAAACACAUAGGAACUGUGACGGACACCAAUUUUGUGGAACUAAACCCAGGGCAGCCUAAAGAUGGCUAAUUACACGUCAGCACCAGAGGAUGACUAUGAUGUCUUCAUAAAGGAUGAUGUGAGUAAUAACAAAAUAGAACCAUGCACCCCAUACGACCCCAAGAUUCUCUCAGCCCAGCUGGUGCCUUACCUCUACACCACAGUGUUCCUGGUUGGCCUCCUGGACAAUAUCUUGGUUGUGUUUAUCCUGGUAAAAUGUAAAGGACUCAAGCAAGCAGAAAAUAUCUCUUUCCUCAAUUUGGCACUUUCGAACUUGGGUUUCUUGCUCACUCUGCCAUUCUGGGCUUACGCAGCCUCUCACGGGGAGGGCUUUGAUGACCCUCUGUGUAAAAUUCUCCUGGUGCUCUACUCCAUAGGCCUGUACAGUGAGGCAUUUUUCAAUGUCCUUCUGACUGUGCAAAGGUACAAGGAGUUUUUCCAUGUGAGAAGGCGUUUCUCAGCCUGCAGGACUGUGGCCGGCAGCAUCUUCAUAAGUGUUCUAGUGUGGGUCACAGCCACUCUGGUCACUUUGCCUGAACUUGUUUCUUACAAACCUCAGAUGGAAAGCCAGAAAUACAAGUGCUUCUUUACCGGACUUCACUUCUUACCAGCCAAUGAGACAUUCUGGAAGCAUUUUCUGACCUUAAAGAUGAACAUUUUGGGAUUUCUUUUGCCACUGUUUGCUUUUGUAUAUUGCUAUGUGCGAAUGAGGAAAACACUCCAGUUCAGGGAGAGGAACUAUGACCUUUUCAAGCUUGUUUUCACCAUAAUGGCAGUUUUCCUUCUGAUGUGGGGACCCUACAAUAUUGUACUUUUCCUGUCUGCUUUCAACAAACACUUCUCCCUGCAUGGCUGUGGGAGUAGCUACAACCUGAACAAAAGCGUUCAGAUCACGAGAAUCAUCGCCGCCACCCACUGCUGCAUCAACCCUCUCCUCUACGUGUUUCUUGACAAGGCAUUUAGGAAACACCUCUGCCAUCUUUGCUACCUGUGUUGUAACACUGCACCUCAACCCACUGAGGAACCUGCCCAAGGCACCUCAGGGGAAGAAUAUCACCUUUCUAGCUAAAUGGAAACUAGCUCCUGUCAAAGGCAGGAUAAAUAAACAUCGAUUUUUCACUCA